AGUGAGUGUAUAUCUCUAUGUUAUAGUUCAUCAAGUGCCUCCCGUCGUCUCAUUCUCUGCAAACCCUAAUCCGGGGAUUUCUCUUCAGGAGCGUGCUGGGAGAGAGAGGAUCUUGAACCAUGAGUAAGCUUCAGAGUGAUGCCUUGAGAGAAGCAAUCUCUGUGAUUGUUUCGGACUCAAAGGAGAAGAAACGCAAUUUCACGGAGACAGUUGAGCUCCAGAUUGGGCUCAAGAACUAUGAUCCCCAGAAGGACAAACGUUUCAGUGGCUCAGUCAAAUUGCCCCACAUUCCUAGGCCGAAAAUGAAGAUAUGCAUGCUUGGUGAUGCCCAACAUGUUGAAGAGGCUGAAAAGAUUGGGCUCGAGUCCAUGGAUGUGGAGGCUCUAAAGAAGCUGAACAAAAACAAGAAGUUGGUGAAGAAGCUUGCGAAGAAGUAUCAUGCUUUCUUAGCAUCAGAAGCUGUUAUCAAGCAGAUUCCCCGUCUCCUCGGACCUGGUCUGAACAAGGCAGGCAAGUUCCCAACACUUGUGACCCACCAGGAAUCUCUCGAAUCCAAGGUGAAUGAGACCAAGGCUACCGUGAAGUUCCAAUUGAAAAAGGUUCUUUGCAUGGGUGUUGCUGUGGGAAACCUUUCGAUGGAGGAGAAACAGAUUUUCCAGAACGUUCAAAUGAGUGUCAACUUCUUAGUUUCACUUUUGAAGAAGAAUUGGCAGAAUGUGAGGUGCUUGUACUUGAAGAGCACAAUGGGACGACCCCAGCGCAUUUUCUAAAGGGUUUAUUCUCUUUUUCGAUUUGAAGUGAAAACAAUGUGAUGCCUGUUUUUAGGUUUUGUAUGUUUGGAUUGGAUCAUCGACUUCAUUAUUUAUUCCCGUGUUUCAGAUGCUUUGAUUUGCUCUUUGAAUGCAUGCCGAAUUUUGCUGUUUA